AUGGAAUGCCGGGAAUACACAGCAACAAAGAUGGCAGCUUCAGAAGAAGAGCAUGUAAUACACACAGUCAAACUCUCGACGGAUGACAAGCUUGUUUGGGUUCCUCUUUCGCUGACUCUAGUUGAAUAUCCACAAGGUGAUUGGCUGGGUAAAUUUUUAGCCCUUUCAAGUCUUCUACCAUUUGGAAUCAUAUCUGGUUUUGUUGCUCUCAUUCUCUUCAGGAGAGAUUUGCACACGAUAACAUUCUUCUUUGGCACUACACUGAAUGAACUCCUGAACCUCAUCUUAAAGCACACAUUUUGUGAAGCUAGACCUAUGCAGAGGAAUGCACUUUAUACGGAAUAUGGAAUGCCGUCGUCACAUUCACAGUUUAUGUGGUUCUUUGCUACUUACAUAGUAUACUUCGUGUGUAUAAGAUUACACCAUAUGAAUAAUAGUACUCUACUGGAAAAUAUCUGGAAGACAGCAAUAAUUAUUUCUAGUCUGUUUCUGGCAGCUCUCGUUACAGUCAGCAGAGUAUACCUGCAGUACCAUACUUGGAAACAGGUGCUAAGUGGUGCUUUAGUUGGUUUCUUGUUUGGAUCUCUCUGGUUUGCACUCACAUACUUGAUAUUCACACCUAUGUUUCCACUUGUUGCUUCAUGGAGAAUAUCGGAAUUUUUGCUUCUGCGAGACACAACACUGAUACCAAACGUACUUUGGUUUGAAUACAAAAACAGCAGGCAGGAGGCAAGGGCAAGGAGCAGGAAGCUGGUAUCCAUGAAGUCACAAUGACAGCUGCUAGGCAUAGGAGGCAGCGGCUUGCACCAUGGUGGCUUACUAAGUAGCCUCAUUCACUUCUAUUGGUUACGGAAAAGAUAAUGUGGACGGUGCAAGUAAGUAUGUGUUACAAAGUUCAUUCUCCUGGACACAAGAUACUUCAAUAUGCUGUUGUUAUAUUACAGACAUGGAUGAAAUUGAUAGACAGAGCAGAUCAUCAUGAACAGUGCAGCCUGAAGCAGCAGCUCCAUAGCUUUUAUAAGUAAUAAUAUUAAUUUAUUGCGUUAAAAUAGACUGUAUUUGUGAUUGUUGACAGAUGCCAGUCAUCAGUAAUAACAUUAUUUUAGAACUAAUAUCUGCCCUUUACACGUAAGAUGGUGUCUUUAAUGUGUCUUGCCCACAGUGUGUUUACCACAAAUUUACCAGAGAUUUUUACAAAGUAUAAGGUUUAUCCAACCUGUAUUGAACUAACUGCAUUUUUUGUUGUAACACUCUUACAAGUGACAAUGUACAAAACUUUACACAAGUAUGUUCCUUUAGCCAUGUUGCUGUAUAAAUUAUUGUUGGCCAUAACUCUUUCUGUGAUGAUUUCUACUGUGCAUUGGUGCAUUGAGUUUGUAAUAUUGUCCCUUUUUUUUCUUUUAAAUUGGAGUGAUGUAUUACAAUUUUUGAAUGGUACAUAUUUUUAUACGUGAGAGUGGGACAAUAUAACCAUCUGUAGCAUUGUCAAAAAAUGUACAAAGUAAUGAAUAGUGUGUCUAAUUUCAAAUUCAGAACACUUCCAUGUAAUAAAAAUGUGAUCAUGGCAGCUUUUAUGAAUGACUGAAUUUUUGUAGUUUAUUUUUGUGUUUAAAUUUUCCUUUU